CAAUCACAAGCAAGGUUUGUGAGAAAGUUGAUGGUGAUUGGUGGAGAAUGUGGUGGCUGGGAGGCAGCAAGAUCACUGCGCCAGACGUCUUACUCCUCGUCUCAGACUUUGUUCUACUCUGAAACAAUAUGGAUUUCUACAGGAAUCUUAAAGUUUCUGAUUGGGCUUCACUUAUCCCAUUUGGUAUUGCGUGUGUUGCUGUUGGGUUUGGUGUUAAAACGCUAAUUGAUAAGAAGUUGGGUGGGCCAGUGAAUCCUGCUAUACGCAAGGAAGAAUCAAAAGUUGUGGAUUCUCUUGACAUAGAAGAUCUGGGUAAUAAGGCAGUGUUUUGUCGGUGCUGGCGUAGUUCAAAGUUUCCUUAUUGUGAUGGAUCGCACAAUGCCCACAACACUGUUCAUGCAGACAAUGUUGGACCUCUUAUUAUCAAGAAGAAAGAGUAACUAAUGGUAAAAAAGAGGAAUGUAUAGUAGAGCAUUAUCAUAGGCAGCACAGUUGUACAGUAAAUUUUAUGAAUGUAGCUAUUAAAAUUCUAAUGGUAUGAUCCUAAGACUCUUGUAUCUAUAUUAACAUAGUACAAUGUAUUAUUAAACACUGGUACUGAGGCAGGUAAGGGAUUACUGGAAAUGGGAUUUAUUUUUUGCUGUAUAUUUUGAGCUUGAGACUGAACUUUAUACAAUAAUUGUUAAUUAUGUAAUACAAGUAUUUUUUUUUUUUUUUUUUUUUUACAGUUUAUAUGUUGAGCACAUUAAAAUCAUGUCUUUGUUUUUAUGUCAUAACUAUCUUGUUGAUCCUAACAUAUAAUUGAAAAUAAAUUUUUUUAUCUUAUCUAAACAUGUACUACAUAAUGCAUUACCCAUGUUCCAGGUAAGACACAUAUGCAACUGUUAGGUAUAUUUCGAAACGUUUUGCCCACACAGUAGGUUUCUUCAGUGGAGUAUGGAAAAGUUGGUAGAAGCAUAGAAGCAGAAGAGAUGUGAAGAUGAUCUAAUCAGUCCAUCACCCUUGAUGAACUGUUGCAUGUGUGUCUUACCUAACAACCUGUUGGUAUUUCAUACCAUUUUAAUAUUCACCCAUAUUCCAGUUCACUGUGAUAAAUACGUAUGAAAGAUAA